CCUCACACAUUCAUAAGCCUUAUCACACGUGCACGCAGCGCCCCUCUGGAUCUUUUCUUUGAACGCUUCGUUUUUAGAUAUUUUUCGCAGAGGCAUUUCACAGUUGCUGAGCUUAUUUAAGGACACUUUGCUGUACCUUCUCUGACAAUGAAAUGCAUAAAUAACACCUAUGUCAGACACAUAUACAGCAGAUACAUAAUGCUAUUUACACCAAAUGUUGUUGUCGUUGUUUAUACACAAAGUACGUGUGAUCAGCAUACUUGUCUAAAUCAUUUGUUGGGCUACACAUCUACUAAGGCUGAUGACAGAUCCCAUAAAAUUAUGACCAUUACCAGGAAUCCUCUGCAGUGUCUGAAUGCCUUCAGAUGACUACGCUGGCACUGCUGCCAUAAACAAACGUUUCUCAACAUUCAACUAAAUGCUGAAAGUUUUCAGGAGGCCAGAAGGCUGCUGCCCUUCUCCUUAGAUUUUAUUGCAAGGUCUCAAGUAAGUCAAGCAAUCUGCCCAGGACGAGCAAUCCAACCUAUCUUUAGCCACUGCGAGCAAGUGAAUGGAGAGCCUGACUUAUCUUCACUGCUGUCAUCGAGGCUGCCAGUAUUUUUAGGGGACAGCAGCAGCUGCAAAAGCAUUUAACAGUCUUCUAUGAACAAUAACACUAGGGGUGUCUCAGGACUAAACGCCAUAGAGAUCGUGGGACUGCUGGAGUGUUCAAAGGAAAGCUGUCUGAUAAGGCUAAAAUCAUCUUAAAAGGGGCACUUUAAAAGCCUUGGCAAAAUGGGCAGGUGACACUGACUAGAUGUUAAUGAGGAGAACGUACCGCAAAAAACUUACCGAAGUGGAAAAGGAUUAUUCUGUAAAAAAGAAAAAAAAAACUACAGCUGGAAGUGAGGGCCAGUGAAGCAGGAGAAGCUGGUUGCCGUGGAAUGUAUAUUGACAGUUGUCUCUGAGGACUGAAGAGAGAGUCUUACUUGAUAAACAGCUGGACAACAAAAUUCUUUCAGAGUAAUAAAGAGACUGAAUGCCUGUAGCCUGUCAAUCUGAGUGGAGGUUGGCAAGUGAGCAGGGAUGGAUGUGUUUGGUGGAGCGCCACGGUUCCUGGCCUACCCUCGUCCUGUGGUUGUACAGAGUGGCACAGAUGCAGUUCUGAAAUGCCAGAUCAGUGGGGAUCCCAGACCAGCAGUUAUAUGGGAGAGAAACAAUGAGAAGAUUCACCCAGAGGGUAGAUACCGGGUGUUUGAGGAUGGCAAUGUCUACAACCUUAUCAUAACUUCUGUGACAAUGGAGGACAGUGGACAAUACAUCUGUAAGGCCAAGAACUGCAUUGGAGAGACUUACGCAGCAGCCACUUUGAAAGUAGAAGGUGAAGCACAGGAGAUGGAAUUUCGGGAGGAAAACAAGCCACGCUUCCUCAUCAAGCCCCUGUCGACUAGGGUUGGACGAGGAGAGGAUGCAAUGUUCUCCUGUAAGCUGUGGGGAAAUCCUAGACCAGAAGUGAUGUGGGAGAAGGAUGGCAAGAAGUUGAAUGAGAUCUUUGAGAGCACGCAUUUCACCAUCAGCUAUCAGGAUGGAGGGUGGUUCCAGCUAAAGAUUUUCAAGACAAGAGCACCAGAUGGAGGGGUGUACACGUGUAAGGCCAGGAAUGAAUUUGGAGAGAGUCUGGCAGGGGCUGUCCUGUUGGUCGAUGCCGGACCAGGACACGAGGAUGAAGGGAACCGUAAUGGAUACACUAAUGGCCACUGGAAAGCACAUCAGGGAAAACAGAGAAGUGGUAGGCAAGUUGCAACAAGGCUGAAAGAUGACCCGCUACCAAACUCAGCCAAAGUGAAAAUGUUUGCAGUGACAGAAGGGAAACAUGCAAAGUUUCGUUGCUAUGUAACCGGGAAGCCCAAACCAGAAAUAUUAUGGAGGAAAGAUGGGAGACUUAUCUUGUCUGGGAGACGGUAUCUCUUAUAUGAAGACAGAGAGGGUUACUUCACACUUAAAGUUCUCUACUGCAAACAGCAGGACAAUGGAGUUUAUGUCUGUUCUGCUUCAAACACUGCAGGGCAAACCCUGAGUGCUGUACACCUUAUCGUUAAAGAGCCACCUGUUCGAUUUAAGCAACCGCUGAAUGACUUGCAAGUAUGGGAGAGAGACUUGGCUGUUCUUGAGUGUGAAGUUCCUGAGGACUCUGUUCCAAUCACAUGGUACUUAGAAGACAGACGACUACAGCCUGGAGCCAAAUAUGGGAUGGAAGAGUGGGGGACAAAGCGUCGACUCACAAUUCGUGAUAUUGGAGUUGAUGACGAUGGGAUUUAUCUAUGCGAGAUGGCUGAUGGGGGUAGAAGCAUUGCAGAGGUAGCGGUCAAAGGCACUAUAGUAAGAAAGCUGCCACGAAAAGUUGAUGUCCUGGAGGGGGAAAAUGCAGCCUUCUGUGUGGAGGUGGAGGAGGAGGAAAUGGACAUUCAUUGGUAUAAAGAUGGAACCGAGCUAAGAGAGACCCAUCAGACCAUUCUCAAAUCUUUUGGAAGGACACACAUUUUGGUUUUUGUAAACACCACACCACAAGACUCUGGUUUGGUCAUGUUCUACGUGGGUAGAUCAAAAACUUCAUCUCAGCUACGGGUGAAAGCGGCAAGGCACUGUCCACCAAGCUGUCCUAUCGGGGUACAGAUAAACACAGAACGAGCGAACGCAGCUCUUCUUUCCUGGUUUCCAGCACAAGACUCUCGAAAGAAUCCACCUUCAGGGUAUAUAAUUGAGAGACAAGAGGUUGGCUCACAAGAGUGGCUGCAAUGUUUGACCACAGACUCUGCAACCUCAGUGGAGAUUCUUGGCGACAGUGUUCCCUGCGAGGCAGACUACAGAUUUCGGAUAUGCAGCGUCAACAAAUAUGGAAAGAGUGGAAAUGUAGAGUUCCCUCGAGCAGUUCAUCUUGUUCCAGUUGCCAGAAUCCAAGCACCUCUACAAGAUGCUUUGGUGCCAGAGGGCCAGGAUGCCUGCUUUACCAUUGAGCUCUCUGCCUCAGUUAUAGGCUCUUGGUUUCUAAAUGGAAAUCAGCUUCAAGACGAUGAACGUUUCUCCAUAAGGCGUUCACGUACACACCAGUCCCUACGUAUUCGCGGGGUACGAGACACAGACAAUGGAGCAGAGAUCACCUUCAUUGCCUACGGAAUUCGAGAUUCUGCUGCUUUGUAUUUACAAGCUCCACUGGUAAAAUUCACUCCACUUUCUGAAAUGGAUCGAAACAAAUUUGUAGAGGUUGGUAACCCUAUAGUACUCUACUGUGAGCUGUCAGACCCUGAGGCUCCAGUUCGCUGGUAUAAGAAUGGUGUUGAACUUCACUCAAUGGAAGGUCUGCAUAUCCAAUCAGAAGGAACAAUGAGGAGGAUUGUCAUCCAAUCAGCGGAUUUCUCCCACUCAGGGGUGUACAGCUGCGACGCUAUUGAUGACGUCAUCAGAUUUAAUGUGGAGGUUGAGGCUCCACCAGUGAGGUUCUCAGUUCUUCCGGAGGGUGAGAGGAACAAAUCCAUUGAAGCAGGCUCAACGAUAGCACUGCAAUGUGAGGUCUCAGAUCCAAUUGCCCACGUCUCCUGGUACAAAGAUGGUGCAAAACUUCUGCCACAAAGUGGACUAGACUUCAAAACUGAAGGCACAAAGAGGGAACUCUUUGUCCAGUCAGCUGAAUUUUACCACUCAGGGGUGUAUAGCUGCAAGACAAGGGGUGAUGCUGUUCACUUCAAUGUGGAUGUUAAAGCCCCACCUGUGAGGUUCUCAGCUGUCCCAGAGGUUAAACGGAGAAAGUGCAUUGAAGCAGGCUGCCCCAUUACUCUGCAGUGCGAGAUUUCAGACUCUACUGCACAGGUCCAGUGGUACAAAGAUGGGGAUCAGCUCCUUGUAGAAUCUGGAGUAGACAUCAAAUCAGAUGACUGCAUGAGAACACUCAGUAUUCAGUCAGCACACCCGUCUCAUGCCGGUGUGUACAGCUGCACAACAAAGGAUGAUGUCAUCAAGUUUCAUGUGGAAAUAAGAGCUGCACCAGUGAGGUUCUCAGCUGUUCCAGAAGCUGAGAAGAAUAUAUGCACUGAAGCUGGUGGCCACUUUGAACUCCGCUGUAAGGUCUCAGAUCCCACAGUCCAUGUCCGCUGGUUCCACAAUAAUACACAGCUUGAGCCAGAGACUGGUUUGGAUAUUCAGUCAGAGGGAGAUUCAAGGACACUGGUAGUCAAUCCAGCAGAGCCUAGUCAUUCUGGAUUGUACCGCUGUGAAACAUCUGACGACUCUGUCCAGUUCACUGUGGAUAUCAAAGACCCACCGGUGAUGUUCUCAACAUUACCAGACACUGUGAAGAACCAGCUGGUUGAAGCAGACUACUCCACUGAUAUGCACGGUGAGAUCUCAGAUCCAAAUGCCAAGGUGUGUUGUUACAAGGAUGGUGUAGAGCUCGUCUCAAAAAGUCAGCCUCAUAUCAAAUUGGAGUGUACCAGGAGGACGUUAGCUGUCAAGACAGCACAGCCCUCUAACUCUGGAUGGUACGACUGUGUGAGAACGGGUGAUGUCAUCCAGUUUAAUGUACAAGACCAAGUGCCACCACCAACAAGUUUGGCUGAUCCUGAUGUUGAGAUGACCAAAUGCGCUGAAGAAAUGGAACCUGCUGCACUGCAUUAUGAGAUCUCAGAUUCCACUCCAUAUGUCAGCCAGACAAAAGAUGAGGAGGUCUUGCUUCCUCAAUCUGAACCUGCAGCUGAAUUUGAACCUGAAUUGGAACUUGAAUCUAAAUUUGAAUUUGAAUUUGAACCUGAAUCUGAGUCUGAAGUUCACUCAGAUGCAUCCAGAGGAACUGUAAUCAUCCACUCACCUGAGACAUCUCUUUUUGAAGUAAACAGCCCAAAGACACCAGAUGAUCCCAUCCAGUUUGAAAUGGACCAAGGUGGUUUGCCACUUAUUUGUACGCCAUUCUGAAUUAGGAACAUUGACAUGGCUGAAGCAAGUCAGUUAUUGUUUUCUUUGUGGCUUUCCUAACAGCACAACUGUCUCACUAUGAGGUGUUCAGUGGUGAGACCUAUGAUGACUCUGUCCGGUGCACGG